AGACAGGGACGCUCCGGAGCCUGGAGCCCGAGGAGGCGGCGGAUCUCAGACUGGAGCUCCCUUUGAUGCUGGCCGCCGUCAGAGCCUCAGCUUGGAGGAGCGCGCGAACACCAGUUCGAUUUGGGAAAAUAAAUAAAAAAAAUCUCCCAACUUUUUUCUUUUCCAAACAAAAACAUAAAAUUCUGGAUUUUUUUUAAAACCAACAGCAGAAAGAAGACGCGCAGCAGAAGAAAAGCAGUUAUUUUUUAAUUCUUUAGUUCCCGCGGCGGAGCGGAGAAGUUAGGGAUCAGGUCUCUGAGGGAGAACCCGCUCCGGAUUUUUACGCACCGUGGAGGCGCAGCUCGGCACCUGGACUGCUGUUAGUCUUCCUCUUCUCUUCAUCCCUCAAACGUCAGAUUAAUUAUUCCCGGUGCGAGAGGAGCUUUGUGGACCCGUGUCAGGACUUGUCCCUGCAGGAUGGAAGAACACUGAGCCACAUCAACUCAAGGUUCUGGUGAAUGGAAAGGCUGACCUGCCUGCACAGCUAUGAAUUUAUCUCUGGAUCUUUGAGAGGAACCAAAUUUUCCAUCUUCUUCCUCAUUGCCUUUGUUUUUCCUGCAGUGCUGGGAAACUGAAUCAUCCAAAGCUAACAGCCAUCUACCUGUGAUACUGCACUUCUUCUGUGGAAAUCAUGGCAAACCAAACCAAGUGUUUUUUUCCAGCUUCACUCCGGUGUUUUACUUUUUUCUUUUUACUCCUCACAAGGGGUCUUGCAGCCCCUUCGGGGCCUGAGUCAGACUCCUGCUCCACUUUAGUUCAGAGCCGCUUCUUUGGCUUCUUUUUGUCUUCAUCAGUGUUUCCUUCUGUGCCUUGUUCUUGGACCCUGCAGAAUCCUGACCCACGACGGUACACCAUAUUUAUCAAGGUGACCAAACCCACAGGGAGCUGCGUGCCGUCACAGCUCCGCACCUUCCAGUACGACUCCUUCCUGGAGACCACACGCACCUACCUGGGCAUGGAGAGUUUUGAUGAGAUUGUGGGGCUCUGUGAUACCUCUGCCCCGGUGGCCUUUCUGGAGGCUGGGAAGCAGUUUCUACAAAUGAGAAAAGGACCUCCUAGGACUGGUAGGCAGAUCCCUGAUGAAGACGGGGAUUUUAAAACGGAAUACCUUGUGGUGGGGAAGCGCAACCCCAGCAUGGCAGCGUGUCAGAUGCUGUGCCAGUGGCUAGAGGACUGCCUGGCCUCCAGCACGUCUAAGCGUCCCUGUGGCAUAAUGCAAACUCCAUGUUUGUGCUGGGACCCGCCGCCACAGCUCACUCAGGCUGAAAGUUGUUACCGCAAUGGAGUUUACCAGGAGAGCUGUUUACUCAACACCAAGGAGAAUGGGAAGAAUGCUGGAAUAAAUGGUGGCUGGAGUGUGUGGGGACAGUGGGUGCAAUGCAGCAGUGACUGUGGAGGUGGGAUCCAGACCCGCACUCGGACCUGUCAUUCCCCUCCAGAGGAGUCCUUUCUGUGUGAGGGGGUGGUGGAGGAGGGCCGGCCGUGCAACUCUCAGUCCUGUUCGGGCAAAGGUCACCAUCUCUCUCGCAGCCAGUCACUUCGUUCGCUGGACAACCGCAAGCGCGAUGAUGCAGACAAGCCCCGCAGCGGACAGCAGAGUCCUCAGACAGACUCAGCUUCAGGUGAGGAGUGGUCAUCGUGGAGUGUGUGUUCUGCCACAUGUGGGGAGGGCUGGCAGAGUCGCACUCGUUUCUGUGUGUCCUCCUCCUACAGCACCCAGUGUAGUGGGCCACUGCGAGAGCAGAGACCUUGUAACAACUCAGCUGUUUGUGCAGUGCAUGGUGCGUGGGAUGAGUGGUCACCAUGGAGCUUGUGUUCAUCCACCUGUGGGAGAGGCUACAGGUUCCGGACACGAACCUGCACACCCCCGCAGUUUGGGGGAGACUCCUGUGACGGACCAGAAAAACAGACCAAAUUCUGCAACAUUGCUGUCUGUCCAGUGGAUGGAGUCUGGUAUGAGUGGUCUGGGUGGAGCUCCUGCUCGGCCUCCUGUUCCAAUGGGACCAUGCAGAGGACCAGAGAGUGCAGUGGCCCCUCGUACGGAGGCUCGGAGUGCCGGGGAGAGUGGAUAGAGACUGUCGGCUGCUUCCUGGGGGACUGUCCUGUGGAUGGAAAGUGGCAGCCCUGGUCCUUGUGGUCCAUCUGCUCUCAGACCUGUGGAGGGGGGAGUCAGAAGAGAAACAGGAUUUGUUAUGGCCCUUUUUUUGGAGGACAGAUUUGUCCAGGAGAACGAGAAGAGGUCCGUCUCUGUAACGAGAAGAGAUGUCCAGGACCUCAUGAAAUAUGUGGCGAGGACAAUUUGUCCAACGUUGUUUGGAAGAUGACUCCUGCUGGAGACACGGCAGCCGUGCGCUGUCCUGCAAACGCCAUGGGCCUAGUCUUGCGCCGAUGCUCAUUGGAUGAAGAGGGCAACGCCUACUGGGAAGCUCCCACCUAUAUGAAAUGCAUUUCCAAUGACUAUCGCAGCAUACAAUCUUUGACUCGAGAACACUUGAACAAAGCACAGCGAGGACUUGUGGGAGACGGAGUUUCAGAAGUGAUGACCAAACUGAGGGUCACGUCCAGCGACGGGACCAGCUACAGCGGCGACCUGCUGGCCAUUCUGGAUGUACUGAAGAACAUGACAGAGAUCUUCAGGAGGACAUACUACAGCCCCAGUGGGGCAGAUAUUCGGAACUUUGUACAGUCAGUGAGCAAUCUGUUAAUGGAGGAAAACCGAGAUAGAUGGGAGGAAGCCCAGCUG